AUGACAGUUCAUCACACUUUGAUCUGCUUUUUCUUCCUCAUGCUGCAGGAUGGAAACAUUGGUCUCAUCAAUGCACAAAUCCUCAGUUUUAGAGGAACUGAAGGACAAAAUAUCACAGUUCCAUGUAACUUUACCAGGACUGGAAGCAAGAAGUACUUCUGUAAACACAAAUCUGAAGAAACAACCCGUAAAUUGUUUAAUGACUGUGAUAAAGCAGAACGCAUUCUUGAAAUGGAUGGUGUCAGUGCUCAAAGAGGCAGAUACAGCAUGAGAUAUGAAACCACAAAUACAGGAAGUCGUCUGGAUGUGACCAUCACACAUCUGACCAAAUCUGACUCUGGACGUUACAGCUGUGCUUUGGACUUACCUGUCGCAAUAGAUCCAUUCCAGGAGUUUAAGAUCAUCGUCACAGAUGCUCCGUCCACUUCAAAACCAAAGUUGACUACUAGACCCUUUUUAACAUCGGCCCCAUCAGCUUCCACAACAACAACAACAACAACAACAACAACAACAACAACACAGAGUUUCAGAAGAAGCUCCACACCAUUUUCUGCUCAAACCACCAACCAGUCUGAACAGGAGCAAACUGAGAAAACAACAGCUGGAGGUUCAGGUGUGCUGCUGUACGUGGGUCUGACUCUGUUCAUCAUCGUGCUCCUGUUCUCAGUGGCUCUGCUGAUAUUCUGCAAGAAAAGAUCAUCUAAACCCAAAGAACAUCCCGAGGAAACAGAGUAUGCCAAUUUCACAGAGGCCAGCCAAGUGCACGAGGAGAUCAGAGAGGGCGACGGACAAUGCAGAUCUCCUCCUGUGGAAAACUCAGUUGAAGCCUCAGUUGUCUACAGCGUUGUCACUGCUACAUCAUCCCAUCCUCUGAGCAAAGCUGAAGAUGACUCCAGUGAUGUCGUCUACACUCAAGUAGAUUUUUCCAACAGAGCUGCCGCCUCACGCAGCAGCGCCCCCAGUGUUCAAGCCGAUAAUGUUAUCUACUCUGCACCUCGGUAACGCACUGAUACCAAGGACGUUUCAUAGUCCCUGUACCCAACUAGCACUUCACCUCAGCAUUAGUUUUAAUGCUGUUGACAUCCUGUUUACUCUCUAAGUGACAAACAGGUCAACAGGUUGUGGUUUGGAUGAGUAUCACUCACACAGGAAACACUUCAGUCAUUAAUAACAACAGGAUGCUUCAAGUUAAGAUUUACUUUUACUACUUCAGUAAACCUAAAAGAAGCUCGAAGAGAAUAGAAAGAAUAUAUUUUAAUGUCUGUGAAUGAUAUUUGUCUAUUAAGCUCACUGUCUGUGAGGUCUACAUAAUAAUAAUGAUCCAGGUUGAAUGUUUCUGCUUACAUUUUCAGUUUUAUGACAUUUAUUUGGUGUAUCUUCUGCCAUCAGUCACCACUUUUAAAUCCUUGCUAAAGACCCACUUUAAUACAAGCGCCUUUGUUUCCCCUUAAUUUUUAAUAUUAUUAUAAAAUUGUUUUAAUUUUGUCUGUUCGUUAUCGCAGAUUUAUUUUUGGUUUUAUAAACGUUGUCCUACAUUUCUCUGUAAAGCACUUUGGUCAUCAACACCUGUUGUUUUUAAAAGUUCUCUGUAAAUAAAUUUGACUUGAUUUACUUCACCAACCUUUCAACAAUGU